AUGAAAGAUUUCCAUGCCAUGGACAAUCCGCAAAGCGCGGAGUCAGGUGAAGGCAGCCUUCAGCAAGGGACGGGCCGCGCUGAGUGGGGCCAGAGCAACCCCUUGCAUGCGCGGCUGCACGAGUACACCGCAGACCUCUCCUGGAGCAGUUGGGCCGAGCUUGCUGACGAUGCAGUUCUGGCAGCAGAAGGUGCUGCGGAGGUCGCGGAUGUGGAGGCCAUGAUUGUGCCGAUUCUUGACUUCCCCUGCUACGAAUCUGUGGCAGCAGCUUUCAUGAUCAUGAUCGAUACCCCGGAGCUGAAACAUAUGUGGCCUGCGCUGAUGGCAGGGCCCCACUUCGCAGCCGUGUCGGUUAAGAGCUCUCUGGGAGCUGCGGGGAGCCGAGGAGCCGUGACCAAUGGCUCCUGUGAUCGAGUCAGUAGGAGUGUGGUGAUCUGCACCGUGCUGCUGAGCAACCAAUACCUGGAGGAGCUGCUACCACAGGUGAAGGUCUCCGCGGAAGUCGCAUGGGGCUUGGUCUCCAAGGGAUAUGGUUUGCUCUAUGUCAUGGUCUUCGCGUCGUUUCACAACCAGGUCGUGCCUCUUUGCGGAAAGAAAGGAAUUUCCCCAGUGUCCGACCUUCUCUCGCGGGCGAGCAAGGACUUUCCUGGAUACCGGAAGGUCCUGUACUUUCCGACGCUUCUUUGGCUCGAUGAUAGCGAUGCCAUGCUUCUGGGUUUGAACGGUGUCGGUCUGCUGGCCGGCCUUCUUGCCGUUUGUGGCGGCUUGGCAGGCUGGCUUGGUCUACUCGUCGCCCGAGUCUGCCUGCAGUCUCUGGCAGUAGCAGGAGAGUUCUGGUACGUUUGGGAUUACAUGGUUCUCGAGGCGGGGGCCCUGGUCCUCCUUCUUCCGACUUCUGCACCGCUGCCGGCCCUUAGCCUGACAUCGAUGCCAGCUCCGUGUGUGGCACUGGCCUGGCAGUUUCUGGCUAUUCGCCUCAUGCUCGGUUUCGCGAAGACGAAGUUCGGCGGGGCUCGCGUUUUCGAGGACAACCUGUACCUGCAGGGAUUUUUCAUCUGGCAGCUGCUGCCAAAUAGGCUCAGCUGGUAUUUGCAUCACGCGCCCUUGUGGUUUCUCAGAGCCGGCUAUGUCUUCAUGCUCUAUGUUGAGGUGAUUCUGCCGCUUUGCGCCUUCUGGGGAGGAGCGCCCCGCUACAUCGCUGCCUGCGGACUGAUCGCGCUGAUGUUCGGCAUCUACCUGACAGGAAACUGGGGCGCCUUCAACUUCGGAUAUGCCAUCGUGUGCGUCGGCUUGUUCGACCUGGAUGUGGCAUAUUCGAGCUUCUUCUCUGCCAGAGAGCUGGGCGACUGCUUCUGGUCGGAUAUCCUUCUCCGCCCACUGAUGACGGUUUACAUGUUUCUGAGCCUCAUCUACUGCUGCUUCGAUACCUGGACGAACACCUCCUGGCCCUACUACUACUGGGAGAUCAUCCCAGAAUUCCAGCUCCAUGGGCUGAUCGGUCUCAUCAGACUCUUAGGACCCUUUCGCCUGAUCAGCUCUUACGGCGUCUUCCCUCCCGAAGCUCUGCCUCAGGUGCGCACUACCUUGGUGUACGAGGGCAGCCAGGUCAAUGGGAGAGGGCAGCGUGAGGAAGCUUUUUUCAAGCUAGAGGGGAAAGCGAAGAUGGCAGACGCGGAGAAACUGCCUCCCCUGGAUGAUGACACCGCUAGCGGGCCCGAGUGCCUGGAAGCCCCACAGGGCGCGGUGAAGAUCUCGCCGGGGCGGUUUUGGCAAGCUCGUGCGGAGGAGCAUGUCCACGUCAAAGACGGGCAUGCCGACUCCACCGACAAGAUGCUGCAGAAGCAAGCAGAAAUUCUAAAGCGAUUGGACCAUCAGACGGAGCUCUUGAGCCUGCUCGUUUCGAAGCCUCCCUUGGGGAUGCGGAGAAUCAGCCUGGAGCGGCCUGAAGUCGCCGCCUGCCACAGCAGUGGCUGCAACAGUGGCUGCAACAGUGGCUGCAACAGCGGCUGCCACAGCAGUGGCUCUCAGCAGGUUCGUGCGAAGGUGAAGUACGACGAGCCAGCUCGGCCCAAAAGAACUUCGUUUACGCCCCAUCUCUUCAAGACCUUCUCGCAGACCGAGCUAAGCCGGCGCCGGGAGGCCAAGGCUGUCUCAGCAGAGCGAUCGGUGACGGUCGCGAUGUCUUCGGAGGCGCCGCCAUACUGUGCAGAGCGACUGGUGAAACAUCCUGGUUUUGACCUCUUCUUCACCGUAGUGGUCGUCACGAACUCGAUCUUCAUUGGUGUGGAGCUGCAGCUCAGCAUGUCAACUGGGUGCAGGUCAAUCCCGGUACAGGCUGUGCAGUACGUCUACACUCUUCUCUUCACUCUCGAGCUUGUGCUUAGGGUUCUGGGGCAGGGCCCCAGCCUAUUCUGGCGUGACGAGUGGACAUGGGCCUGGCUUGAUCUAUUCAUCGUCGCGACGUCCUUGUGGGAGGUGGCCGUGGAUGUCUACUAUUACAGCCAGGGCAAUACGGACCUCGCCGUCCUAUCAGGCAUGUCGAGCCUGAAAGCCUUCCGGAUCAUCCGAAUCACCAGGCUCAUCAAGGCCGUCAGGCUCGUGCGGAUCCUGCGCUUCGUCAUGGCUUUCCGAACGCUCAUUACCUCCAUCCUGCACACGCUGAAGUCGCUGUUCUGGGCCCUCAUGCUGCUGGCCCUGAUCAUCUACGUUUUUGCAGUCCUAUUUACGCAAGCGGUGUCACCUGGCUGCCAGAGCGGAGAAUCCCUUUCCUGA